AUGGCUGUCCGACAUGAGAGGUCGGACUCGCCUGUCCGAGCAGAUGAACGGCCCCGUCCGACCUCUCAUCGGACGGCCAUGUCCGAGAACUGCUCGGACAGCCAGUCCGAGGACUCGUCGGACCGGCAAGGAUGUAGUGAAAUAUUUAUACUUAUCAGUCCACCCCCGACUCAAUGA